UUAAACGAUCUGAACCACAGGAUGAUGAUUGUAGCUAAUUUUUUCCGUCGGCAGUUAUCAGUUUUGCUUCUUUCCCGGUAACGCUUUGCGUUGGAUCAACAUGGCUGGCUAUAUUGAUGCGUUGCUUCUCCUCGGCUGUGCAAUUAGCGCACAAGCCCUAUUCGAGCUAAACGGCUUCACCAUGGUGUGCAACCCUCCGAUAAAAUUCUCCGGCAACGACAAUAAACAAGCCUGCAUUAAGCGCUGCACCUCCAAUCCCAACUGCCAAGCCGCUGUGUACGAUUACAACGAAGGCGUUAACCGCGACACCUGCGCCAUCGUGGAGAAGGGCGCCAAAUGCGGCCCGACCGUGGCUUAUCUUCAAGACCGCAACCGACCGUACAUGGUGACCAUCUCCAACGUCGACAGCCCGGCGUACACCCCCGUUCACCAGGUGGAGGUGGAGCCCAUCGUCGGCAAUCUGCAGCCGGUCACUCAGGGCGUUAAGAAGUCCAUGACCAUCUACAAUGGACCCUUCACCAUCGGGGAGGAUAAGUGCGAGCAGGCCUGCAAACUGCAUACCGGCUGCAACGGUGUUCUGUUCGGCGGCAGCAUGGCCGCCAAUGCCGGUUCGUGGUGUGUGCUGAAGCAGUUUACCAAGCCCCUGGGGAAGGAGGCCACCUGCGUGCCGGCCCGUACAUCGCUGGGACCGAAAUGGAAUUCUCUGUAUUUUGAAAAUGUGAAAUAUGCCCCGAAAGUGCAGUGUCUUAUUUAAUGCAGAAGACUUAAAAGCCCAACCAGACAAUUUCAGCAACUACUGUAAUGACAAGAGAGAAAAUAAAAAACGUGAACACAAAAACAUUACUGCAAAGAUCG